UAUCACUACAAUUGUGUUCGACUUCUCAGAAAGCCGCACAUAGCGCAGGCAGGAUGGUUUCAGCGAGCAUCCGCCGUCUCGCAGCGGACCAUGCUGCAUUGCAUGAGGAGCUGCCGCCCAACUACCUCUUCCCUCCCAAUGAUGCCAACGCCGACGAUUUGACGCAGUUCACCGCGCUCCUAGCUGGUCCGCAGGGUACCCCCUACUCACAGGGACUAUGGCGACUACAUCUAAAGAUGCCGGAGGAUUACCCCAAGAGUCCUCCCAAGGCGACCUUCAAGACUCGCAUCUGGCAUCCGAAUGUGGAGGAACUGACGGGAGCUGUCUGCGUGGAUACUCUGAAGCGAGACUGGAAGUCUACGCUGACCUUGAAGGAUGUGCUGAUCACAAUCUCCUGUCUGCUGAUCUACCCGAACCCCGACUCCGCACUCAACGCCGCCUCCGGCUCCCUCCUGCAAGAAAACUACGAAGCCUUCGCCCGUCAAGCCAAGCUGAUGACCUCAAUCCAUGCUCCCGUCCCCGACGAUCUCAAGAGCGCAGUCGCCGAAGCGAAACUGCGGGGUGAAGACGCCGGCACCACGAUCCCGGUCGAGCAGGACGAACCCCGCACCUUGAGGCCACGCAAAGGAACCAGAAUCACGUCCGUGACGAUGAAGAAACGGACAACUCGGAAGACCAGCGCGAGGAAUACACCCGAAUCAGAAUCUAGCACAACUCCUCAGACGGUCUCAGCAGCUGCGCCAACGCCGUCAUUCAGCCAGACCAGUUUACCCAAACCCUCUCUAGCCCUCACAACCGAUCACCUCACCCACCGCGAAAAAGACCUCCGUCACCAAGAUCACCUUCAACAACAAACGCAUUCAGCUCCCAACAAUGAAGGAAACAGUCAUGACGAUGAAACCCCCUCCGACUCCGAAUCCUCCACCAACACCAGCAAAGAGAACGACCCUUCGCUAUCCCCUUCCCCAGUCCGCCACCGCCCACCCCCAACCCUCCGCAAAAACAUCCACGGUAAACGUCCCCUCUCCGUCCUAACGCUACCAAUGGACAUGGACGACGACGACGACGACCAGUCCGACCCCGAUCCCGAAAUCACCCCCAACCCCUCGGCUUCAGACCAGAAUAUCGCCGCCAACCAAACAAGAUCAACAUCACCAUCCAGCUCUCCCACCUUGUCCUACUACAAACACCCCAGCAAAACCCACCCUCUUCCCACAAGAGACAAAGAAAGAGACGAAGAUCACUCCUCCCCCGAACAACCCCGCAACAAGUCCCCCAAACUUUCCAUCCCCAAACGAGGCGCCUCCCCCAUGAAAGGCGUCAACGCCUCCGGCCGCAUCCGCGACGAUGUCGUAGCCUCUACCCCUACUACGACGGCGGCGGCGGCAGCAGCAGCAGCAGCAGCGACAGUCGACCUCCAGAUCUUCGAGGACCCGUCCUCUUCCCCGGGCUCGGACGACGAGGAAACCCGCCGCCGACGGAGUGGGGACGGCAAGGAGAACCCCCUGUCCAAGGAUUUUCUCGCCUCCGCUUCAUCGUCCCUCUUCCCUGGGAAAUCAUCCCACCAAUAUCCCCCGCUCGCGGCACCUACUACUACUAUUACUGCUGCUAAUACGACGGGCACUAUGUCUUCUCGACGUGCCGUCUCCGCGUCCGUCCCUUCAACUUCGAAACCGCUCCGGUCCAUGACAUUGGGCGCGAGGAAGGUGUCGGCGUCGGCUGGCGGGACGGGAAAGAAAGUGAAGCCGAGGAUUGGGAUACGGCGGUUGUAACUUCUGUGCCUUUUCCUUUCUCUUCACUUCUUGUUUUGAGGUUGUUAGCAUUAUGUUCAUUGCGGAGUUGGUUUUACGAGACUGUUGGGAUGGGUUUUGGUUGUGAGGAUUCUUUAGCCUGGCGUUUACUAUGUUUGGAUUUGUAGAAGUACACCCCGACCCGCAUGUGAUAGACUGUACCUGUUUAGGUAGUCCGCUUGUAAGAUGUAUGCAAAACUCAAG